AGGACGCCGGCCGCGCCCGGCCCGAGCCGCGGGGAGCGGGGCGCGGCACACAGGGUCCGGGCGCGGGCUGGCGGGCGGUCACGGAGCAUCCCAGCCUGGGGCCGGCCGAGUGUGAGCUGCCAUGGGCUCCAUCAGAAGCCAGCGCCUCAAGGAGCCUGGUAUGGCGGUCACAUCUGACCGAAGCAUGGUGACAAGCUUCAGCUUUGACAGCUUCCAGCUGGAGGCCCCAGCAGGGGGCACUCAGGACCAGGAUGUCAGGGUCAGGAGUGUCCCCACUUUUUCAGACCCAGCGGUGGAGGAGCCAGUGCCGGACGACCGCUACCACGCCAUCUAUUUUGCCAUGCUAUUGGCAGGCGUGGGCUUCCUGCUUCCAUACAACAGCUUUAUCACUGAUGUGGACUAUCUUCACCACAAGUACCCAGGGACGUCUAUCGUGUUCGACAUGAGCCUCACUUACAUCUUGGUGGCACUGGCGGCCGUUCUCCUCAACAAUGCGGUGGUGGAGAGGUUGAACCUGCACACCAGGAUCACCACGGGCUACCUCCUUGCCUUGGGUCCCCUGCUGUUUAUCAGUAUCUGUGAUGUCUGGCUGCAGCUCUUCUCUCACGACCAGGCCUAUGCCAUCAAUUUGGCUGCUGUGGGUACCGUAGCCUUCGGUUGCACAGUGCAGCAAUCUAGCUUCUAUGGGUACACGGGAUUACUGCCCAAGAGGUACACGCAGGGGGUGAUGACUGGAGAAAGCACAGCGGGGGUGAUGAUCUCCCUGAGCCGUAUCCUCACCAAGCUGCUGCUCCCUGACGAGCGGGCCAGCACGCUCAUCUUCUUCCUGGUCUCGGUGGGUCUGGAGCUGCUGUGUUUUCUGCUGCACCUGCUGGUGCGCCGCAGCCGUUUUGUGCUCUACUACACCACGCGGCCACGUGACAGCCGCCCAAACCGGGGCGGCUACCGCGUGCACCAUGAUGUCGCCGCCGGGGACAUCCACUUCGAACACCAAGCCCCAGCCUUGGCCAGCAGCGGGUCCCCAAAGGACAGCCCAGCCCAUGAGGUGACCAGCAGCGGGGCCUAUAUGCGUUUUGAUGUGCCUCGGACACGAGUCAAACGGAAUUGGCCCACCUUCAGAGCCCUGAUGUUGCAUCGCUAUGUGGUGGCACGGGUCAUUUGGGCUGACAUGUUGUCCAUUGCGGUGACCUACUUCAUCACACUGUGCCUGUUUCCUGGCCUGGAAUCUGAGAUCCGCCACUGCGUGCUGGGCGAGUGGCUGCCCAUCCUGGUCAUGGCCGUGUUCAACCUGUCGGACUUUGUGGGCAAGAUCCUGGCGGCCCUGCCUGUGGACUGGCAGGGUACUCACCUGCUUGCCUGCUCGUGCCUGCGUGUGGUCUUCAUCCCCCUCUUCAUCUUGUGCGUCUACCCCAGCGGCAUGCCCACCCUCCGCCACCCUGCCUGGCCCUGCGUCUUCUCACUGCUUAUGGGCAUCAGCAAUGGCUACUUUGGCAGUGUACCCAUGAUCCUGGCAGCGGGUAAAGUGAGCCCCAAGCAGCGGGAACUGGCAGGGAACACCAUGACCGUGUCCUACAUGUCAGGAUUGACGCUGGGCUCUGCCGUGGCUUACUGCACCUACAGCCUCACACGAGAUGCCCACAGCAGUUGCUUCCACACGGCUACUGCCAACGAUUCCAUCCCCAUUGGCCCGUGACCCAGGCCCGCCUGGCCCUGCCCACCAUCCAGGGAGGGCUGCUCGGGCCAGCCACCUCAAGGCCUGAGGACCCCUCCCACCCCUGCCUCAGUGCCUGUGGGGCCCUGGCCUCCUCCUAAGCCACUAACGCCACCUUGUCACCUCGGUCCAGCUGCCCACUGUAGUUGGAAUAUGUCUCCACCACCUCAGGCUCUGCCCACCUGUGUCCUGUGUUUGGUCAGACACCUGCCCUUCACUUUCCGUCUGUGUCCAGAGGUCCCAACAUUAGCCACACUAACGUGGUGGGGUCAGUCAGACUCAACAGCCACCAGGAUGGCAGACUGCACAUCUGAGUGUCCUCCAUCCCUGUGACCUGCUGUGGGGUCUUCUAUAUCGGUUUCAUUAUUUGGGGCAGAAGGUCCCUCCUCCUGGAUAUUAAAAAUCUUAGAGGAGAGGGAUGGUCCUAGCCUCAUUCUGACCCCUCCCUGUUCUCAGAUACUGCUUUGCCUCCCCCACCCUCACCCCCAAAGCAUUGGAAAAAUUAGUCCUGGCCUUACACAGGCCAUAAUAACAGAGGUCAUGAGAGAGCUGACCUGGGUGCACCCGUCUCCGGUGGACAUACCCAUGCACCCCAGCCAAGGGCUGUGCCUGACAGUAGCCCUCGGCCCAUCCAUAGCAACCAGAUAGCUGAGGUCUGUUCCUGACCUAGGCCUAGAUUCCCCCAUUCCAAACUGACCAGACACAGUUUGAGACUGGCAAGUAGCAGGGAGCUGGGGAGUGGGGGUAACUGAAUGGCCAUGUUGGCUCUGGGGCCUCCGGCAAAAGACAGCUUUCAAAUAGGAAGGACAUUUGCCUCCAUAUGCCCCAGACCCAGCUGUGACCACUGUGUACCAACACCUGCUCUGUCCUGUCCACCCAUGUGUCCACUGACUACCGCACUGGCCAUUAAAGAUGGCAGACUGCCCACCGCUGUCCCUCAGGAGGUGUUUGUGGGAGGGGGACUGAGCUACUGGGAGUGGGAUGAGGAGGUAAAGUGGUAUCCUGGUGGGGCAAGCUCUCCCCAUAGUACUAAGACCUCUGUGGUCCUGCCCUGGUGUUUCUAGAUGUGGUGGGUCAGGUGCCUGUCCAUGUGACGGGCACGCUGGGGCUUGUAACAGCCUUAGUGACCUUUGAACUCAUAAGGAUGGUGGGGUGGAGAGAGCAGCAUUUGGCUCAGGGGGGUUGGAACACAAAGAUGAGGGUGGGUUGGUCCCUGACCCAACCCCUAGGGGUAGGAGGCUCCAAAGCCUUUUAGGUGCAGGCCCAGCUCUGGUAGCAAUUUGGAGAUUGUGUGUGGGUUCUCACUGAAUUUGCAGCUCAGUAUUAAGGCUAGACUCACUGGCCAGUGAGCCCCCAGAAUCCUCAAUCACCAUGCCCUGGUCAUGCCCAGCUUUUUUAGCUGGGUGCUGGGAAUUCAAACUCAGAUCCUCAGGCUUACAUAACAAAUGCUUCUACCCACUGAGCAAUCUCUCCAGCUCCACAUUCUUUCACUUGGGUACCCAAGAAGUGGGAUGGGGAAAUGGAUCUUGGAGGAGGGUCAAUUAAAUACCAGCCCUGUAGCCUUGAGUACCCAGCUGGCCCACCUCAGGAGUCACAACCACAGGGUAAUGGUGAUGUCACCGGCAGCAACCAGGUGGUGCCAGUGUUGUUCUUUCUGGGAUGCUGCUUUGUGGUGCCCACCCAACCAUGAAGCCUUUAUGUUCGUUAACAUGUCACCGCCAUGUACUCUUCCACAACUGUGAAAUAGAAAAGCCCAGAAUGAGGUCUGCAGCCACUCAUGGAGACCCAUACUUGGGAUUGGGCAGCAGCCAGUACUCCCCAACUCAGUCUCCCCAGACCCCCGAGAUUGGAGGCCAGAACUGUCACACCUCCUUGACAAAGGUGUGUUACCACCCCACCCAGAUGUGGGCUUGGGCCUACUUAGACCUUCGGCUGCAGGUUCUGGGCAUUGGGUUCUUGAGG